UCUCAACAUGGCAGCAACAUCAGGGAAGAUUGUCCAAAAUGUUUGUGUGUCACAGUCACAUUGCUACUACCAACAGAAUAGGCAGUUCCAUUCACAGAGUCAGAGGGCCUAUUUUGCCCCUUAUAUGCGCAACUCGCUUCCCUCACCACCGGGGAAGUUGGCAUGGAAUUCCAACCCAUCCAUGCAAUUGCGCAAUUUGUCAAAACCCAACAAUGAUUUUAUUAUCCAGAGAAACAUUCACUGCAAUGCUUCUGCAUCUGCAUCUGCAUCUGCUACUGCUGUUCCGUAUCUGGACAAGACUGAUUUUCUAAGGCUUCAAAAUGGCAGUGACAUACGUGGUGUGGCUGUUGAUGGUGUUGAGGGAGAGCCAAUUAGCCUCACUGAACCGGUUGCUGAAGCAAUUGCCGCUGGUUUUGCAGCAUGGUUAUUUGAGAGAAAGAAAGCAGCUGCUUCUCAGAAUUUGAGAGUUUCUAUUGGCCAUGAUUCCCGAAUAUCAGCCAAAUUACUACAGAAUGCAAUUUCUCGUGGUCUUGCUGGUGCUGGCCUAGAAGUUGUCCAAUAUGGAUUAGCAUCAACACCAGCCAUGUUCAAUAGCACACUCACAAAGGAUGAAGCAUUCUUGUGUCCUGUUGAUGGAUCCAUUAUGAUAACAGCGAGUCAUCUGCCCUUCAACCGGAAUGGAUUCAAAUUUUUCACAAAUGCUGGUGGACUUGGAAAGACUGAUAUCAAAGACGUAUUAGAGCGAGCUGCUGAUAUAUACAAUCAAUUUACAGCUGAAAGUUUAGCAAAUUCUGAGAGAAAGGCUUCAUCAUCUAUUAAGCAAGUUGAUUACAUGAAUGUAUAUACAUCUGACCUAGUAAAGGCAGUUCGCAAAGCAGCGGGAAGCAUAGAGAAGCCAUUGGGUGGUUUCCAUAUAGUUGUUGAUGCAGGCAAUGGAGCAGGAGGUUUCUUUGUUAAAAAGGUUCUGGAACCACUUGGAGCAUUUACUACCGGUAGUCAAUUUUUCCCCCCUACAGGCUUAUUUCCAAAUCAUAUCCCCAAUCCAGAGGACAAAACAGCUAUGAGAGCUAUAACCAAGGCAGUCCUUCAAAGCAGAGCUGAUCUUGGAAUUAUCUUUGAUACUGAUGUGGACAGAUCUGCUGCUGUGGAUUUUCAAGGCCGUGAAUUCAAUCGGAAUCGUUUAAUUGCCUUAAUGGCAGCAAUUGUUCUUGAGGAACAUCCGGGUACAACUAUUGUCACGGACAGUGUCACUUCUGAUGGCCUUACCACAUUUAUUGAGAAUAAACUUGGCGGGAAACACCAUCGGUUCAAAAGAGGCUACAAAAAUGUGAUUGAUGAAGCUAUUCGUUUGAACUCUGUUGGUGAGGAGUCACAUCUGGCGAUUGAAACUAGUGGACAUGGAGCUCUCAAGGAGAACCAUUGGCUUGAUGAUGGUGCAUACCUAAUGGUCAAGAUCUUAAACAAACUUGCCUCAGUGAGAGCUUCAGGAAUGGAUGGUGGAAGCAAGGUUUUGACUGACUUAAUAGAAGGACUCCAAGAACCGGCUUUAUCAUUAGAACUGAGAUUAAAGAUAAACCAAAACCACCCAGAUCUUAAAGGAGGAUCCUUCCGGGAAUAUGGGGAAACUGUGCUGAAGCAGUUGGAGAAAUCAAUUGGCUCUGAUCCAAACCUACGAAAGGCUCCUGUAAAUUAUGAAGGGGUUCGAGUUUCUGGCUAUGGUGGGUGGUUUCUUCUUAGACUUUCACUCCAUGAUCCUGUACUUCCCCUUAACAUUGAGGCACCAACUAAGGGUGACGCUGUGAAGCUUGCACUUGCUGUGCUAGCGGCUGUGAAGGACUUUGCAGGUUUAGACAUAUCGGCUUUGGACAAAUAUUUGAGAGAAGCAAGUUAAAUGCUUCAUGGUAGAAUUGAGUUUUGUGCUGGAAAAGCGUUUGCUUUAUAUUUCUUAGCAACUGCAAAUGUGAGUGUGAAUGAACAUAUCAGAGAUGCUCAGUUGUAUGGAUGUGAAGGGUACGUUCAGUGUCCCAGGGUUAGAAAUAUACGACAUAUCUGUGAUAAAAUUUGCAGUGCGAGGUACUAUUUUGAGAGCAGCAUCCUAAAUUCCUAAUUUUGUUGAACUUUGCAUGUGCUAAUAUUAGUUCUGAAUCCAUCUCCAGGUUAUUAUU